GACAAAAUAGCAUGUUAUGUUCUACCAUAAAAGGCUCCUUAUACCACUCGCGGCUCGCCCAACCAAGUUUACCCUUCUUCGCAAAAAUGGCAUCCACCAACUCCGUCAACGGUCUCUUCAUCUCCUUCCUCCUCUCCCUCUUCCUCACCCUCGCCUUCUCCGACGACCCGGAUUGCGUGUACACGGCGUACGUUAGGACGGGGUCGAUCAUAAAGGCUGGGACGGACUCCACCGUCAACCUCCGGCUGUACGACGCGUACGGAUACGGCAUCGAGAUCAGGAACCUCGAAGCCUGGGGUGGCUUGAUGGGCCCCGGCUACAACUACUUCGAGAGGGGCAAUCUCGACAUCUUCAGCGGGCGAGGUCCCUGCCUCCGGUCAUCGAUCUGCGCUCUCAACCUCACCUCGGACGGCUCCGGCCCCAACCACGGCUGGUACGUUAACUACGUCGAGGUGACCUCCACUGGGGCCCAUGUUCCUUGCAAUCAACAGCUAUUCACCAUCGAGCAGUGGCUCGCCACGGAUACGUCGCCCUACGAGCUAACCGCCGUCAGGAACUACUGUAAUUCCGACAUCGAGGGUGCUGAGAAACGGGGACGUACUGAGCACCGGAUGAUCCGGUCCGGUUCGAUCGGUUUGGUUUCUACUGUUUAAGUUAUGUUUGGAUGCGAGGUUAUUGAGUUGUUAGUUGGUGUGGUUGUCCAAAUCCGUGUUUGAUCAGGUGCGCGGUGGUGUGAAGUUUAGUCGUGGUUAUCAAGAUCCGUGUAUGUUCAGGUGUGUUCAGACUAAUAUGAUUUGGCCAAAAUAAAAAAAAAUAUGAAUUUUAUUAGUAAGAUAUUCGGAUCUGUGAUCUGUAAAGGAUAAUGUGAAUGAGGUAAUUUGGAAUUUCUGUUUGGCUGUCUUGGGAUGUCGGUGGGAUCCGGAUUAGUAAAAGACUCUUGCAAUUUGUUUUGCUGUCUUAAAGAGUUAUUAAUGCACGCUGCCCACCAAUUAUUGGUUUCUUGCGA